AAUACCACACGGCGUUUCAUCUUAGCUUUAAAUGGGUCUAUGAAUGUAUUGUUUUGUUGACACUAGGUCUAAUACUCCAGUAACUCCAGUCUGAUGCACAAUGACAGAAGUUAAAGUCAAAAAAGAGUCAACGGACCCUGUAGAUAUCGAGAAUAGGAUAAAAGAGUUGUGUCAGCAGUUUCCACAUGGGAUCACAGACCAGGUCAUCCAGAAUGACAUGCCUCACGUUGAGGCGCAGCAGCGAGCCACGGCCAUCAAUAGACUGCUGUCUGUGGGUCAAUUAGACUUGCUCAGAAACAGCAGCGGGCUUUUAUAUAGGCUUAAAGAUACCCAGUCUGCAAGCAAGGUAAAAGGCUCUGAUAACCAAGAGAAACUAGUGUACCAGAUCAUAGAAGAUGCUGGAAAUAAAGGAAUUUGGAGCAGAGACAUCAGAUAUAAGAGUAACCUUCCACUCACUGAAAUCAAUAAAAUCCUCAAGAAUCUUGAGAGUAAGAAACUCAUUAAAGCAGUGAAGUCUGUUGCGGCGUCUAAGAAGAAGGUGUACAUGCUGUAUAACUUGCAGCCGGACCGAUCUGUGACAGGAGGAGCCUGGUACAGUGAUCAGGAUUUUGAAUCAGAAUUUGUUGAAGUUCUCAACCAACAGUGCUUCAAGUUUCUGCAAAGUAAGGCUGAAACAGCGAGAGAUAGUAAGCAGAGCCCUAUGGUGCAGAGAAACAGCUCAUUUGCCACCUCUCAUGAAGUGUGGAAAUACAUCUGUGAGCUCGGCAUCAGCAAAGUGGAUCUGUCCAUGGAGGACAUCGAGACCAUCUUGAACACACUGAUCUUUGAUGGAAAAGUGGAAAUGACCAUAAUUGCCGCUAAAGAGGGAACAGUAGGGAGUGUGGAUGGACAGAUGAAGCUCUACAGGGGAGUCAAUCCCAUAAUUCAACCCACUGGCCUGGUUAAAACACCAUGUGGACUGUGCCCGGUCUUUGAUGACUGUCAUGAAGGAGGCGAGAUCUCUCCAUCCAACUGUGUUUAUAUGGCCGAGUGGCUGGACUUUUGAUCCACCAACCACAUGUCUCUGUUUUUCUCUGUGGAGAAAGUAUUUUUCAUGCAGCGAUUUGAUGCAACUGAAGAUAUAUCUUAUUUAUUUUGAACAUUAAUAACAGAAGCAGAAUUACUGCAGGUAACUAAGCAGCAGCUUCCAUCUGGUCUUCAGUCAGUUUUGAGUCAUAAAAAGGCUUAUUUGUAAUUAUUUCUUCGGUUCACUCACUAAUAUGUCUUUAUCAAUCAAUAAAGGUUUUCAUAUUUGUUGA